AUGGAAGGUGGUGAAAUAUUCAGAGUUAACAGCUCCAACAUAUGGAGAAACACCGGUAUGGAAGCUUUCUCGAGAUCCUCCCGUGAAGAAGAAGACGACGAGGAAGCUCUAAGGUGGGCCGCGCUCGAGAGGCUCCCGACCAAGAUUCGUAUCAAAAGGGGCAUACUUACAGAAGAACAAGGCAAGUCACGAGAAGUAGACAUAAAGAACCUCGGACUUGUCGACAAGAAAAACCUCGUUGACCGACUCUUGACCAUUGCCGAGGAAGGCAACCAGAGGCUUCUGCUCAACCUCAAAGACCGCAUUCAGAGGGUCGGUCUUGAUCUCCCGACUAUCGAAGUGCGAUUCGAGCAUUUGAAUGUGGAUGCGAAUGCGUAUGUGGGCGGAAGAGCCUUGCCCACUGUGUUUAAUUUUAUUGUUAAUAUCUUAGAGGGUUUCUUGACUUGUCUUCGUGUUAUCCCAAGCAGAAAGAAGCCAUUGCCAAUCCUCCACGAUUUAAAUGGAAUAAUCAAACCUGGAAGAAUGACACUCCUGUUAGGGCCUCCGAGUUCCGGAAAAACCACAUUGCUGCUGGCCUUAGCCGGAAAACUUGAUCCGGAGCUAAAAGUGUCGGGAAGAGUAACAUAUAAUGGGCACGAAAUGACUGAAUUUGUGCCACAAAGGACUUCGGCUUACAUAAGCCAAAAUGAUCUGCACAUAGGAGAAUUAACAGUUAGAGAGACACUCGCUUUUUCGGCUAGGUGUCAAGGAGUAGGACCUCGUUAUGAAAUACUAGCUGAAUUGUCGAGGAGGGAAAAGCAGGCGAACAUUAAGCCGGACCCUGAUCUCGAUGUUUUCAUGAAGGCAGCAUCUAUUGGAGGGCAAGAAGCGAGUGUGGUGACCGAUUACAUAAUCAAGAUAUUGGGACUCGAAGUAUGCGCGGAUACUUUAGUCGGGGACGAAAUGGUCCGUGGGAUUUCCGGAGGACAAAGAAAGAGGCUAACAACA